UCCGCUGCAUCUGCGCAGCUCGAGCGACUGGAUCGGAACCGACUCACUGGACAAGCCGCUCCGUUUACCGGCCCAGCAGCGCGAUCCUCCGGUCCGUGACGCGUCCAGCAGCGGCAGCAUCAUGUCGGCGGUGCAGCGGAUGAAGGUGGCGAACGAGAAACACAGCAAGACGAUAACACAGAGAGGACACGUGCAGAAAACCACGCGUGUGGUGAAUGAAGAGAAGUCUCCGGUGGGCCCGUGGCUCCUUGCACUCUUCGUGUUUGUGGUCUGUGGAUCAGCCAUCUUCCAGAUCAUCCAGAGCAUCAGACAGGGGAUGUAAACACAGAGACAAACAUGGCCGCCGCUGUCAGACAUCUGCAGACGCGGCUCACUGAUCUUCCACUUCUGUUCAUCUGUUAGUUUACAGCUUAAUUUAAUAGUGUGUGUGUGUGUGUGUGUGUGUGUGUGUGUGUGUGUGUGUGUGUGUGUGUGUGUGUGUGUGUGUGUGUGUGUGUGUAUUUGUGUUGGACUGUCUCAAGCUUGUGAAGGUUGAAUGUUUCAGAAACUUUUACGAUAUGUGUCAUUUUUUGUGUUGGUUAUCAGUGUUGGGUAAAGUUAGUAAAGUAAUAUAUUACAAUCUUGAGUCACUUGAAAAAAGAAGUUCUGAAUGUGUUACUUCGAUCACUAUACACCUGACUGAAGUCUUGUCGCCUUUCCUAGAUUUAGGAUAAACAAAUAAUAACUUGACUUCUGGUUCAUCAUUUGGUAUCAGAAGUGGCUUUUAUGAAAGGCAAAGGCCUCUAGAUUACGCUUAUUUGAGCACAAUAAAAUAUGAUCAUGCCUUGAUUAUUAAUGAUUUGAUUAGGACAGUAAGCUCUGACUUUCCUUAGACAAAAGUCUGGUCACUGAACCUUCAAUAAUGUCCAGUAUAGAAUAUGUGGUCAUGCUGCAGUGGAAACAGAAUGAAUAUUGUGUCUGACUCCAUCAUGAGCUUGGAGGACUGCAUCCAUACAUCUCUGCAAUGACUCAAAUCACUGAUUAAUAAAGUCAUCUGGAAUGGCAAAGAAAGCCUUCUUGCAGGACUCACAGAAUUCAUUAAGAGUCUUUGUGUUCAUCUUCAAUCUCUCCUCCAUCUUACACCAGACAUGGUCAAUAAUGUUCAUAUCUGGUGACUGGGCUGGCCAAUCCUGGAACUUCGAUGUGAAGGCUGAAGUAUGAGGAGCCCUAUCCUGCUGGAGGAUUUGCCCUCUCCUGUGGUUUGUAAUGUAAUUGGCAGCACAAAUGUCUUGAUACCUCAGGCUGUUGAUGUUGCAGAUCUCUCGCACGCCCCCAUACUGAAUGUAACCCCAAACCAUGAUUUCUCCUUCACCAAACUUGACUGAUUUCUAUGAGAAUCUUGGCUCCAUGCAGGUUCCAGUAGGUCUUCUGCAGUAUUGUGAUGAUUGGGAUGCAGCUCAACAGAUGAUUCAUGGGAAAAAUCCACCUUCUGCCACUUUUAUAAGUGAUCAACUAGAAGUCAAGUUAUUAUUUGUUGCUCUUACAACUGGGAUUGAUGACAAGUCUUUUGUCAGGUAGUGUACACUGUUUACCUGCAGGUCAAAAGUGUUCAUAUACUGUCCACCAUAUACACAACUCCUUACCUUUGCUGAUUUUUACUGUAAUGUACAGUAGUGUACAUUACAGUGUACUGUAAUGUACAACAGAUUUGUGAAGCUGAUAUUUAUUGUGAAAAGCACCAUACAAAUAAACUUGAAGUGAAUUAGUUACUUUUAAGGAGAGUAAUGUGAAUGUUUGUGUUGUUGUUUUUGUGCUAUUUUUAUUUAUUUAUUUUCUUAAUAUUAAGAAUGUAAUGUAUUGCUUUUAAGAGUAACUUUACCCAACACUGUUGGUUACAAAAGUGUGUCUGUUUUUUGCCGUCACACCCGAUGCUCUGAUUUAGCUCUAGUUUCAUCGUUCGGUUUCCUCUGAUUUCCAAGUAAACGUUUAUGAGGUUUUCUAUGAACUCCGAGAAACGGCCGUGUGUGAAUUCAGCCAUCAUUAGCCAUAUAUGAUUCUGUACGCCGUCUCUCUUCUUCCCUCUGACAGGAAAUUGAUGCUGUGUAAUAAUGAUUUUAUACAAAUAAAAAAAUAUUUUCUCUA